AUGGAUGAAAGGUUCAACAAGUGGCUGCUGACGCCCGUGCUCACUCUCCUCUUCGUGGUCAUCAUGUACCAGUACGUGUCCCCCUCCUGCACCAGCUCCUGCGCCAACUUCGGGGAGCAGCCCCGCGCGGGGGAGGCCGGCCAGCCGGCCGCCCCGAGUCCCGCCCGCCGGGCACAGGCGCCGCCCGAGGAGUGGGAGCGGCGGCCCCAGUUGCCCCCGCCACCCCGGGGGCCGCCCGAGGGGCCUCGGGGGGCCGUGGCGCCAGAGGACGAGGACGAGGAGCUCGGGGAGCCGGAGGAGGAAGAAGAGGAGGAGGAAGAGGAGCCGGACCCGGAGGCCCCCGAGAACGGCUCCCUGCCCCGGUUCGUGCCGCGCUUUAACUUCACCCUGAAGGACCUGACCCGCUUCGUGGAUUUCAAUAUCAAAGGGCGCGACGUGAUCGUGUUUCUGCACAUCCAGAAGACCGGGGGCACCACGUUCGGCCGGCACCUGGUGAAGAACAUCCGGCUGGAGCAGCCGUGUAGCUGUAAAGCGGGCCAGAAGAAGUGCACCUGCCACCGGCCGGGCAAGAAGGAGACGUGGCUUUUCUCCCGCUUCUCCACCGGCUGGAGCUGCGGGCUGCACGCCGACUGGACGGAGCUCACCAACUGCGUGCCGGCCAUCAUGGAGAAGAAGGACUGUCCCCGCAACCACAGCCACACCAGGAAUUUCUAUUACAUCACCAUGUUACGGGACCCAGUGUCACGCUACCUGAGUGAGUGGAAACACGUCCAGAGAGGGGCCACGUGGAAAACCUCCCUCCACAUGUGUGAUGGGAGAAGCCCCACCCCCGAUGAGCUGCCCACCUGCUACCCCGGGGACGACUGGUCUGGGGUCAGCUUGCGGGAGUUCAUGGACUGCUCCUACAACCUGGCCAACAACCGCCAGGUGCGCAUGCUGGCCGACCUCAGCCUGGUGGGCUGCUACAACUUGACUUUCAUGAAUGAGAGCGAGAGAAACACCAUCCUGUUGCAGAGCGCAAAGAACAACCUGAAGAACAUGGCCUUCUUUGGGCUCACGGAAUUCCAGAGGAAGACACAGUUUCUCUUUGAGAGGACAUUCAACCUCAAGUUUAUCUCCCCCUUCACGCAGUUCAACAUCACGCGGGCUUCCAAUGUGGACAUCAAUGAGGGCGCCCGCCAGCGCAUCGAGGAGCUCAACUUCCUGGACAUGCAGCUUUAUGAGUACGCGAAAGAUCUCUUCCAGCAGCGUUACCAUCACACCAAGCAGCUGGAGCACCAGAGGGACCGGCAGAGGAGGCGGGAGGAACGCAGGCUGCAUCGGGAGCAUAGGGGUCACCGGUGGCCCAAAGAGGACGGGAACACAGAGGGGGCAGUCACUGAGGACUACAACAGCCAGGUGGUGAGAUGGUGACCCCCUGCCCUCUCCUUCCUCGUGAGGGGGAGGAUGAGCAGGCAUACUGAACUUCUGUGGCGUUGGUGACCUUGGAGGAUGGUGGGCAUCUGAGGACAUCUGGCUAUAUGUGGCUUGAUUUGGACACCUGCUUCCUCUUUGUCUUCAUCCUUAUCCAGCUGGAGAUGAUCUGUUGUCUUCUUCCUCCCCCCGCCCUCCGAUAUUUUUCAAUCCCUGAUAUCAAGUAGGGUAGGACUGCAUCCAAUAGAGACGUCCUUAGGAGGUCAAGGAGAGAAGCACCAGAAAGGAAACUCUCGAAGAGCUCCUUUGCAGCAUCACGGGAACCCCACAGAGACACACAUGAAAAGCCAAAUUAUAGGCUUGGAUGUUCUACUGAAACUGGUCUGUUUCACACUGUCUCUGUAAUGGAAAUAUUGGCCUGUCCAGAGAGAGGAAGAAAGAAAGAAGUCCCUUUCAGCCCUUAGAUGAGGUUUUAUGCCAACCCUCCCUUGGCUGUUGGCUCUCAUCUUGAACCCUGUUUGAAUGUGGCUUAAUCAUAAGUAGCAGUGUUUGAUGGUUGUGAUUGUUUUUAAACAAGGUUACACUACUACUGAUCAUCACUAAAGACUCACACUCCACAAAGUCCUUGCAUCUUAGCUGGGAGCCAUGCUUCCUCCCCCAUCUUUUAGGGAAAAGCUAGUGGAAUCAGGACGGGUGUGCUUGGCCCCUGAGAAACGAACAGUGGUAGGGGUAGUUAGGAGGAAAUGUGCUUAUCAGUUAAGACCUAAGGAGAUCACACUUUACUGAUUUUCUUUUCAUUCAAAAGAAUUAACUAAUAAAUUAAGGGUGGGGGAAGCAGGAGGAUGACUGUAUGAUGUCUCACACUUCCAUAUGGGCUACAAAACUUUUAGGUUUUUUUCAGGGAUGUUUCUGUUUUACCUCUUCAGAGCAGUCAUCCUCUUCGAUAUGGUACUGCCAAGUUUGAUGUUCUGUUAAAAGAAUCUUGCCCAAAGAUUAGGAGUUGAGCUGGCCCAUAUGCAAAUGGUAUGCAAGGUCACUAAAUACAUGAUAACUGAUUCAGGCCAGGAUAUGCAGAACCCAAUGGGCCAGUUGUCCCAGGAGCGUAGACAGACGCUACCUCCCAGGAUCCUUCAUACCUCCAGCCUGAUCACUUUUUUUUCCCCCACCUGAUCUUUGCCUGUGGUUCGGUUGUGGCUCUACUUGGCAGCUCGGACUGGAAUGGAUAAAGCAGGACGGGAAAUUGGGCUCAUUACCCACUGCUGCUUCUUUUCCAUUUUUCCCAGUCACCACUACAAGAACACAAAGUUUGUCAAGUACUCAGGGGAGAAGUAUGGAAAAGGGAAAAGAAAAGCCUCGCCUGGCAUUCAGUAGUAGGAUCAGAGUGGGUAGAAAGUUUCAUAACAUUGAUCUGAUCAGUCCUUUCAAGGAGCUGAAGGCAAAAUGAGUGAAACCCCUAAAUCAGAUUGAAAAGCCUAUUUCAUUGAUAUCUAGCAUGUUUGAUGUUUAAGCCAGCUUUGCAUAAGCCACGUUGCAGCCUCUGGAAUACUCUCACUGGGGUGGAAAGUCGAUCAACCCACAGGCAUUCAUGGAGUGCCUAUUUGUAGAGAGAGGAACCCGGGGUCUCCAUCAGAGAGAGAUUUGGAGAAGUGGCUUUGAUUCUUCUUUCAUGACCCUUGGCUUCAUCUGUCAUGUGAGGGAAGGCAUUAUUGGGGACCUCCCUUGUGUCACUUAUUGAGGGAGCCCUAUUCAUACCUUGAAUCCAUUCACAACAAGGUAGAUAUUAUUAGGCCCAAUUACCUAGAUAAGAAAAGUAAACCCCACAGAGACGAGGCAGCUUCCUGGUGGACGGUAGGCUAAGUCUGGCCAACUGCAGAGCGCAAGUUCUUUUGAUUCCAUCAUGUUUUCCAUGUGGGACAAAAGCUUCCUGCCAAUAGUGCAAGAAGCCAGCCAUGAGAGCCCAGAAGGAUUUGUCGCUAACCCAUGCGCGGAGCCCAACUGUGACGGUCCCGCGCUCGCAGUGGACCCAGAGCCAUGCUGCCUUGGGUGAGUCCCGCCCUCUCCACCUCCCUGACCCACCAACAAGCUGAGAGAUUGAUGAUUUUAUAGGCACGUGUACUUUUUGACACCUCUAUGUUAAAGGGACCGAGUCAAUAUUGCUUGUUAGUUGGUAGAAAUUAGACUCACGGAAGAUUCGCAUCUCUGAGGUUGAGAGGGAAGAGGUUUACAGCUACAGUUAAUGAGCAACCCUCUCGCUCUCUCUUAGCGUUCCCAUGUUAAGAUCUCAUGUUCUGCCUAGAAUGGCAGAGCUGCAAAUUAUCCUUCAGCCUGCCGCUGUGACACACACACACACACACACACGUGCGUGCACACAUAAUAACAAUCCAGUGUUUUGUCAUGUGGAAAAUCAAAACAAGUUAGAAAGCAUGCGGAUUGUUUCUUUUAAAGUCACUUUAAAUUUUUUGGCAGGAAAUUCAUGCAUCGCUGAGACUUGGAGGCGGCCUCUGCUAACUUCACACUGUUCCUUAGGCAUGUCGGGAUUUAUAUCAAAAGGCUUUCCUCGGCCUGCACCGAAGGCACGAUGUAUGGUGCUUCACUUGAGACCAGAUAUCAGGAUGUUCACAGGAGAAACCAUCUCUUUGUGUUGGCCCAAGGCCAGUGCUGAGCAAAUUAAAAAGACCGACAGGGGCUUCCUCCCUCAUAACAUUUCAUUCUAAAGCAGCACGCUUGUUAUAUCCCUGGGGUCCUAUGUUGAUAGAAAUGAAGAGGUAGGGAUACAGUUUGUUCUUCCAAAAUUGACUGCGCACCUACGUGCUGAGUGACACUCAGAGAAGGGUUGCCAAGAGAAGACAGCUGGGCCUUGGGAUCCACGGGGAGUCAGCAGUUUUGCAAUCCAAAACCCAACCAAUUCCAGAUACAUUGGUAUUAAGAGCCCAAGAGGAGGGAGAAAAAUUUCCCCAGGGACUUCCACAUCCUACUGACUCCUACAACUCCCAGAUAGACAUUCCUUCCCUUUUCUUGACAAGGGAAGCCCCAGAUUGGGAUGGGGUGACCUUGUGUACAUAUUUCUGGGUGUGUUUAAGUUAUCAUCAUGGACUGAGGUACAUACUCUCUCUUCUGUCUCCUUCUAACUUUUUGGAAGCCUACUCUUGGAAAUCAGAGAAAGUCUACCCUGAGAAUUCUUUGGAUACUCCUUCUAAUAACUAAUAACAUUAGCAAUCAGUAUUGGGCAACAGCUAUCGAUAUCAUGUGUGCUAUGCAUUUCUUAUCAUCUCAAGGAGGGAAUUGUUUCAUAGUUUAAUCAAGGGUUUGAAAUAUGAGGACUUGUUCAAAAGUCUGAGUUGAGAUAGUAUUUACAUGGGGAAGAAAGUCUACCAGAGGGAGACCUGGCAAAGAGGCAAGCAUAGAUCGUUUAAGAAAAAAACAAAACAAAACAAAAAAUUAAAUCCAUAGGAUAGGAUUCCCAUUUGGCUGCUUUAAGAGAGAAACUCAAAAUAAUAGUGAUUUCAAUGAGAUCAAAGCUGUUGUCCUCUUAUUUAAAAGGCAAACUGGUUAGAUAGCUCUGAUGAGUAACAUUAAAGAACCCCAGUGCCCCUCCUGUUGCUCAUUCAUACUAAUAUGUGCAUGCCAUCCUCAUGGUCCACUGUGACUGCUGAGGCUCCUGCCAUCUCAUUUGUAUUCCAGACAGCAGAGUGGACAUGGAACGAAGUUGCAGAUAUCACAUCCACUCACAUCUCAUGGGCUAGAACCUAGUCAUUAGCUACAAGUAAAUGCAAAGGAGGCCAGGACAUGUCUUUAUUAUUGGUUGCCAUGUGCCUUGAUAAACAGGGAGGGAGGGUUCUAUUAUUAAAGAAACAAUGUGAAAAUUAAUACUGGUAAAAUUAUCAACCUCUGACACAAAAGGGAAUUGAAAACUAUGUCAAGUGCUUUUCACAUUUACCUAUUUCAUCAUACAUUUUGCAAAGAUUAAAAUUUAUAACUUUGUAUAGUACUUGAUGCUUUCAAAACAUUUGUACAUUUAGUAUCCUAUCAGAUCUUCAACACUCUCUCAUACGGUAGAUAUGUAGGGCGUCUAUUCAUGAUCCCAUCUGGUAGUUUCCAGUGGAGAUUCAGGGAUGUUAAAAGAUUUCUCAAUUCGAGUUUAUCAAUAAGAGCGUUGCUCAGAGCCCCAGUCUUGACUUUAUAGCCUCCCCGAUGACUUUAUGCUGCUCAGCAUCCAUAUCAGGACUGGGAAUUGCAAGAAUAUGAGAUCUCGGCCUUUAUUGGCUUAUGUUUUUCCUUACCUUCUUGUAGAACUGCAGUGACUUAGAAGAUGCCAAGGAGAUUGGUAGAGUUGGCUCACUGCCGCCAGGGAGGGAUCAUCUCAUUAGCAGUGAAAUGUCCAAGAGACGGGCAGUGUUUCAGGGGAGACCGAAAAGCACAGACAUUCAAAUAACACACGCUGACUGUUCACCCCAGCCAAUCCCAAAACCGAGUCAAGAUGAAGGCUGAGGAAAUGUGCUUGCAGCUCCUUAGGGAAACUCAGUGUCAGAAAUAUCUCGAAUCAGUAACAGCCUGAAUAGUGAGAGGUAAGGGAUGAUCAGUAGAACCCUGCUCAAAAAAAAAAAAAAAAAAACAAAAACAACCUCUCUUCCUCCCUACUUCUUCCCCAGGUCUCUGGAAUUUUAUCAGCAACUUACUGCUUUGGUUCUUAAAGGUUUUAUUUGGUGUUAAAUGAGUCCCUUUGCAGCCUGCCCUGUUGCUGGAGAGAGGAAAUGCAGCCAUUGCUGUCAUAGGCUAACAUCUUCACACGGAGUUUAUCGGAUUCUCUCCCACCAUGGCCUCUAGCUGAGAAGAAAGUCCUGUAUAAUGGGAUCACGCAGGGGUGGGAGUUAGGGAGAGUAGGGGUAAUUGGAGAGGAAAGCAGGGCUCUUAAAAGGGAAGCAGGUCUUUCAAAGGUGGAAAGAUGAAGAAUUUAACAGGUGCCAGGAAAUCUUGAAAAAUAGAGAAACGAUAUACAGUUUCUGUCCUCAAGAACAAGGGCAGGCUGGAGACCUGUGGACCGUCAUUCUUUGGCCAUUUCAAAGAGCUGCCAAGGGCAUGAGGCUCAGGAAACAGGACCAGAGCGCCGGCAGCGUUUUAGGGACUGAAGUAAAGGCUGAAUGAGUUGGCGGGGUCGGAUCCGAGGGAAAGCUGGCGUAGACUGGGGCAAAGGGUACCCUCGUCUGAUCACAGCUCUGUCUCCAAGGCUUUUCUUUCGCAUAAUUUGUGUGCCUCCUCUGGUCAUCAGAACCGCAGCUGAACGUCUUCCGGCUGGGUCCCAGGGCUGGCUGAGUCCAAGGGCCCCCGCCAGCCGCCGCACCUCUGGGGAGCACGCCGAGUUUCCUUCCUCCCUCACCUCCUCCUCCGUUCUCGAUGGGACAUUAUCCUGCUCUGCUCUGCUCUCACCACAUCCACCCGACACAUCCGAACUAAUUCCCUAAGACGUUGAAUGAGCCCUUCAGGGCCAGUGGGUGGGUUCUGAGACCCAGGUGUUCUGUAGCCUCAUGGCUGGACCGCGCGUGGGCCCAUCCGCACCGCACAUGGACAGCACCAACCUUCCGUGCACAAGUGCUGAGAUUUGCAGACGACUGGCCUUGCCAUGAACACCAGCAACGUCUGCGAGACAAAAGCCCCGGGACUUCCAGGCAAGGACUGGAGGUAUCCUACCAGGACUCCCGAUCUGAGCACGCCAAAGCACAGAUGUUUCUUAAGCCUGUGUUCGACGUCGUCUAUGGAACAGACUGCAGCUGUCACCCUUUGACGCACGGAGUAGAGACUCUGCGCAUUCCAUGUUCUGUUGCUCUGUGGGAACUCAUCAAAGGGCCCGAUGUCAGUGCUGAAAACCCUCAGUUCUUGCCGGGGGAAACCGUGUUCCAAGGAAGCAGAGUUCGUGUGAUUUAGUUACCGCCAUUAUUUGCCUUCCACCAACCUCUUACGUUUUUAAUUUCUUAUCUUUGUAAUCAUGUGGCGGUCUUUCCUUUCCUUUCCUUCCCUUCGUGUGUGUGUGUGUGUGUGUGUGUGUGUGUGUGUGUUUGGCCCCUGGAAGUACUUUCUGGGCUGGACUUGCAUUAUUUUUCAUUUACUGUAUCAAAGAUGAAACCCGUUGGAAAGAAAAAUCUAGACUUUUAUUGGUGCCCCAUUUUAGAUGUAAACAUAGUUAUUCAAUAGAUAGUAAAUUAUUUCACCUGAGAGAUAUUUCCUUUUGUUUCUGUGCAAUAAUAUGUAUGAACCCGGGUACUAGGAGAUUGUAUUGUGACAUUAUCAACCCUUAUUGCUAUUUAAAAAACGAUAGUUUGUAGAACUGAGGAUCUCCAUUGAUGUGAAGCACAAUUUAAUGAAUAAGUUAACAUAUUAAACUGUUGUGAUGUCAAGAA